CGGACAGUCCAGUCCAUGCAGUGGAGUGGACCGAAGCGAAGACUCUCUCUAUCUCUCAGCUGAGUUCUUCGUGCGCUUUCUCUCUCUCCACUUCGACGGUGAAUUCCGCUCUCCGCCGUAACUCGAUUCCGUCGCCCACAGCUUGAAGUAGCAGCAGCAUCUAAGUACCUUCUCAACUAGGGUUUAGUCACAAGCAGAUCCGUUCCUGUUCCUGCUACUGCCGGAGAACAUGUCCGUUCAGUACACGAUCCGUUUCGGUCACCACGCACAUCGUCUCUUCCCUCUCUUGUUUCUAUUUGUUCUGUUUGUAGCAGCCUUGUCACAUGGAUCUCCGAUUGGAAACCGAAAAAGUGGGAGGUCAUCAGUGUUUUCUUUGUUUAAUCUCAAAGAGAAGAGUAAGUUCUGGAGUGAGGCUGUUAUACGCAGUGAUUUUGAUGACUUGAAGUCUUCCAUCCCUAGCAGGGCAAGAGCUGACAAUUACACCAAGGCAGGUAAUAUUGCAAAUUAUCUACAGCUUUUGGAAGUUGAAUCGAUGUACCUACCUGUCCCGGUGAAUUUCAUUUUUAUAGGAUUUGAAGGGAAGGGGAACCAAGAAUUUAAGCUAAAUGCCGAAGAACUUGAGCGCUGGUUUACAAAAAUUGAUCACAUUUUUGAACACACAAGAGUUCCACAGAUUGGGGAAGCACUGACCCAAUUUUACAAGAUCAGCAUAGAUAAAGAACAACGCCACCAUCUUCCUAUUAUCAGUCACAUUAACUAUAAUUUUUCAGUUCAUGCCAUUCAAAUGGGCGAAAAAGUCACUUCUGCAUUUCAGCAUGCCAUUGAUGUACUAGCUCGGAAGGAUGAUGUUUCAGAUACCAGGGAUGAUAAAGCUGGUCUUUGGCAAGUUGAUGUGGGCAUGAUGGAUGUUAUCAUCACCAGCCUUGUUGAGUAUUUACAGCUUGAAAAUGCUUAUAACAUCUUUAUUCUGAAUCCCAAGCGCAACAUGAAAAUGGAGAAAUAUGGAUAUCGGAGAGGUUUAUCCGAGACAGAAAUAAACUUUCUCAAGGAGAAUAAGGAUUUGCAAGCAAGGAUCCUUCAGUCAGGAAGUGUUGCGGAAAGUGUUCUUGUUGCUCUUGAUUCAAUAAAGAGACCUUUAUAUGAAAAGCAUCCAAUGGAAAAAUUUGCGUGGACAAUAACUGAAGAUACUGAUACAAUAGAGUGGUACAAUAUAUGCCAAGAUGCCUUAAACAAUGUUGAGAGGCUAUAUCAAGGGAAGGACACUGCUGAUAUUGUUCAGAGCAAGGUUUUACAGCUGUUAAAUGGGAAGAACAAAGAUCUGAAGCUUCUCAUGGAAAAGGUUCUAAAAUCUGGGGACUUUAGUGGUCUUCAUGCAGAAUGUCUCACAGAUACAUGGAUUGGAAAGGACAGGUGGGCCUUUAUCGAUUUAAGUGCAGGCCCUUUUUCAUGGGGGCCAGCUGUUGGUGGAGAAGGGGUACGCACAGAGCUAAGCUUACCGAAUGUGGGAAAAACCAUUGGUGCAGCUGCAGAAAUUUCAGAAGCUGAAGCUGAAGAUCGCUUGCAAGAGGCAAUUCAGGAAAAGUUUGCUGUAUUUGGUGAUAAAGAACAUCAGGCCAUUGAUAUCCUUCUAGCUGAGAUUGAUAUAUAUGAGCUCUUUUCUUUCAAACACUGCAAGGGACGAAAGGUUAAGCUUGCUCUUUGUGAAGAGCUUGAUGAGAGGAUGGAGGACUUGAAAAAAGAGCUACAGUCUUUUGAAGGCGAGGAAAGUGAUGAAAGCCAUAAAAAAAAGGCUUUGGAUGCUCUAAAGCGAAUGGAGAAUUGGAAUUUGUUUAGUGAUACUCAUGAGGAGUUCCAAACCUACACCGUCGCACGCGAUUCUUUCCUUGCACAUCUAGGAGCAACUUUGUGGGGGUCCAUGAGACACAUCAUAGCGCCUUCACUGGCUGAUGGGGCAUUCCAUUACUAUGAGAAGAUAUCAUUUCAGCUGUUUUUUAUCACGCAGGAGAAAGUCACAAGUAUGAAGCAACUCCCAGUGGAUGUCAAAGAUCUCAAUGAGGGGCUCUCCUCUUUACUGUUGCCUUCUCAGAAAGUUAUGUUCAGUCCGCACAUGUUAGCGCUGUCAGAGGAUCCUGCUUUGGCUAUGGCAUUUUCAGUUUCACGGAGAGCUGCUGCUGUUCCCGUUUUGCUGGUUAAUGGAACAUAUAGGAAAACUGUUCGUUCCUAUCUCGAUUCUUCCAUUCUCCAGCAUCAGUUGCAGAGGCUGAACGAACAUGGUUCUCUUAAAGGGACCCAUGCCCAUAGCAGGUCGGCACUGGAAGUACCUCUGUUUUGGUUUAUCAAUAAUGAUCCACUAUUUGUUGAUAAGCACUAUCAGGCUAAGGCGCUUUCAGACAUGGUUAUCGUUGUACAGUCAGAACCACCAGCCUGGGAAAGCCAUCUGCAAUGUAAUGGUCGUUCGCUCUUGUGGAACUUGAGGAGGCCCAUUAAACCUGCAUUGGCUGCUGUUGCUGAACAUCUUGCUGGUUUGGUUCCUCUUCAUCUUGCCUACAGCCAUGCCCAUGAAACUGCAAUUGAGGACUGGAUAUGGUCGGUGGGCUGCAACCCAUUGUCUGUCACUUCUCAAGGGUGGCAUAUAUCCCAGUUUCAGUCAGAUACAAUUGCUCGGAGUUAUAUCCUUACAGCUCUUGAGGAGUCGAUACUACUCAUGAAUUCAGCCAUUCAUCUUCUGGUCAUGGAACAUACUUCUGAGCAAACUUUCAAACUCUUCCACUCCCGGGAGCUUGAGCUCAUGAACAAGUAUAACUACGUAGUUGGCCAAUGGAGAAGAAUUUCAACUAUCUCUGGAGAACUGCACUAUGUGGAUGCCCUGAGACUGCUGUAUUCCCUAGAGGAUGCAACGAAAAGGUUCACUGAUUAUGUCAAUGAAACUAUUACACAUCUUCGGCCGACUCAUUGCACGAGAGAGAGGAAAGUAGAUGUCGAGUUUGACAUGACAACUGUUCCUGCUUUUUUGGUUGUCCUCAUCGUUCUCUGGCUUGUGCUGAAGCCGAGACGUCCAAAGCCCAAGAUUAACUGAUGUAUCCAAGACUAACGCCUCAAUUAAUCAACAUACUGAACUCAACACCUUCCCCCGGCGUUGCGCAUGAUAUAGAUUCUCUCUUUUUGUUCUGUAUUCUUUUGAUCUAUUACAAAAGUUGGUUGAAGUAGAUAACUGUAAUUGCUCCGAGUGUAGACUAAUUUGCGGUUGAAAGAUCAGAGCAGUAUGGUUUCUUUGUCCCAUUUGCUACGUUGAAUCUGAAAUGUUAAUUUCUGUCAUGGAAAUGACACUUAUAAUUAAAAUUUUGGAACA